CAUCCAGGAAGUCGACUACUUCCUCGAUUAGCUCAAAGGGUUCGACCCCGUCGAUUGGACUGGAAUACUGCACCGGCCGAACGCGGUUCCGGGACGCCGCCUUCAUCUACCUGCAACGAUGAACUCGACAAGAUCGAUCCGAAACUUCUCGCAGAAGCGACGCCCCCAUCUAUCGGGUUAAGCGCCGUGGACGUCACCGGGCUUGACGAAGAAACGAUUACGCCCCUGGACCUCGAGAAUCCCCCAAGGAUAAGAUUACAACUCAGAAUAACCCUCCAGCCAUGAGAGGCAUGUACGAUAAGGACUAUUCUCCGACCCUCCGAGUCUACGAUACUUGGCUCGAUGGGGCGUCCUUGGGCCCUGAGUUACCGUCCGGUCUCGAAGUCCUCGCGCCCACCACCGGGAAAGAUUCUCCUCCUUCCGAUCUGCAGAACAACAGCAUGGUUCCACUAAAAGACUGCGGAGACGACAACAUUGGGGGAUCAAGAGUUCAACAGCAGGACCUAUCUCACCCGUCGGCGGCCUCCCUACAGGCCGUUCGCGAAGAACUAGUCGACGCAGAGUUGGAGGAUGACCAGUAUUUCGUUGAGCGAUUUCUCGGGAAGCGAGUACGCCGGGUCAGAAGGCGCAAGAUUGCUGAGUAUCUCGUCAAGAGUGGAAAGGAUACACGGAGGAGGAAAGCACCUGGGAGAAUGAGGCGGACAUACACGAGGAUCUGAUUAAGGAAUACGAGAGCAGAAGCGUCUCGGCAUCUUAAGAUGGUUUAGGCUGAGGAUUAUCUGUUGAAGGAGUUGUUGAACCAUACAUAUUCUUAAGUUAGACCAACGCUCUUCGG